AUGAAAGCUCUCCAGCUUUUACUCGCCUUACUUCCUCUGGCGUCCAGUUUCAGCCAUCCUGGAUUGCUGGUCGCUGAGUCUGAUCUGGCCCGUCUCCGGGGAAAGAUCUCCGCCCGACUGGAUCCAUGGCAGGCUUGCUGGAGCUCGUUCGUCAACAUGGCUCCUGCGAACCUUCCUUACACUCCCCAGGCUGUGAGCUCAGUUGAUCGUGAUGCGGUCGGCUCAACCGACUCGAACGCCUAUCUACUAUGGACCGAUGCAGCUGCCGCCUUCACGCUCGCUCUGCGCUGGAAGAUCGAGGGGAACACCUCAUAUGCUGAUGCAGCGGCCACUAUUCUGAAUUCCUGGAGCGACAAGCUUACGUCAAUCGGUUCUAAUGACGACCAGUACCUCGUGGCGGGACUGCAAGGACACGAGCUAGCAAAUGCAGGAGAGCUUUUGCGCGACUACACCCCUUUCCGAGAGAAUGGACUGGCUAAAUUUCAGACAAUGAUGGUUGAUGUCUUUCUGGCAAAGAACAUUUACUUUCUUGAACAUUUAGACGGUUCGGAGCACAAUGUGAAGCACUUUUUCGCCAACUGGGAACUCGCGCAGGUUGCCUCGGCUAUGGCGAUUGGGGUCCUCACCGAUAACACGACUACAUUCAAUUUUGCUGUUGAUUAUUUCAAGAACGGCUCUGGGAAUGGCGCAAUUAACAAUGCUGUAACCAACAUUGUGCAGGAACCUGAUACGGGUAACCCCCUAGGUCAAGGACAAGAAGAGGGCCGCGACCAGGGCCAUUCUGCCUUGGACUUCGCAUUGCUAGGCGUCAUUGCACAACAGGCUUGGAACCAGGGUGAAGAUUUGUUUUCUUACAACAACAGCCGCAUUCUACUCGGGGCUGAGUACUUUGCCCGUUACAAUCUGGGAUAUGAAGUCCCUUUCGAACCCUACACGAACGGUCUAGUCAGCUAUACUGAAAUUAGCAGUGGUUCUCGUGGGGAUACCCGAUGGGCAUGGGAAGUGCUCUACAACCACUAUGUGAUGAUCAAAGGCAAACAAGCACCCUGGACGACAAAAUACCUCAACAAGACCUAUGAGACCUAUGGUGGCUUUGAGCCCGGUUCUGGAUCUUUCGGUUCUCAUAAGGUUUCCGGAUAUUACGACACUUUAGGCUGGGGAACCCUCUUGUAUCAUUUGAAUGAAACCGAUGUGGCUUCGCUUCGCGAAUCGACAACAUCGACUUCAGCAACUCACAGAUCGGUGGAUACCUUGGCCGCCCUCAUCAAGGUUCCGGAAGCUACCAAGUCUAUCUCUGGCAGUUCCAGUUUCCUAUCCGAAUCAACUCCCACAGUCCCGGCAUCAACAGCAACCUCAACAGCAACCUCAACAGCAGCAUCCACAGCAGCAUCCACAGCAGCAUCCACAGCAGCAUCCACAGCAGCAUCAACAGUGAAUCUUCAUCCAGGUCAGCACGCUCAUGGUCACCAGCAUUCCCACCAUGCUGGUCCCCAGAAGGCCGCAUCUUGUCCCCUUCCGCCUAAGAAACAAUGA